AUGCCAUUGCGUGCGAUCUCAUCGAUACAGUCGACGAACCGGCAUGAAACAAUCAACGUGAACUUGGUAGAUUCACCAGACUGGAUUCGUGAGCGUAACCCAGCUGGACAAUUGCCCAUCAUAGAGUUUGGACCGGACAACAAAGUGCUAUACGAGUCGCUCAUAGUGUGCCAAUACCUGGAUGAGACGUACGCCGAGACCCGACCCCUACAGUCCCGGGACCCGUACCAGAAGGCCAGGGAUCAGGUAUUUGUUGAGCUAUUUAGCAACCUGUGGGCGCCCGCAUCCAGACCUUUCUUUAUGUCGGCUGAUCUGUCGGCCGAUUGGCUACAUAUUGUCAACGGAUUCAAAAAGUUUGACAACUUGUUGGCGACAAGAGAGGGGCGAAGCAAUUUUUAUCAGCCCGGGCUCGUCGAUUACAUGAUAUGGCCCUCCAUUGAACGCCUGCCGCUAUUUGUAGACAUUGCCGGUCAUAACGGGGCUGAUUAUUUGCGGCGAGAGUUGCCAACUGUCCACAAUUACUGGGAACAAAUGUCUGGCGACACUACUGUUCAAAGUGCUCGCUUACCGGUAGAGACUUUUAUAGAAAAUUUGCGUACAUUUGGCGAUCCGUACCCACCGCGGCUUAACCCCGAUGUUAUGCGGGUAUACAGCCAGCAAAAUAGUCCGUUCGCCUACCGGGUGCUCAUGGUAUUAACUGCUAAACAAAUUGAGCACGAAAUAAUAAACAUAAACAUCUGGGACAAACCCGAAUGGUUUCUGGAGCGUAGCCCACUCGGGAAAGUGCCCGUGGUGGAAAUGGGCCCGGCUGGUGAUUUACUAAACGAGUCAUUAAUAAUCGCAGAUUACCUUGAUGAAACAAUACCAGGCGCACGACCAUUAGCCUCACCCGACCCCUACCAACGGGCCAGCGAUCGGGCAUUUGUCGAGACAAUAGGCCAGUACUUUGUGGGCCUGGAGUAUGUGUUUACUAAAUCCGAUUUGGCCGCACUUUGGCCAGAGAUCGAGGUUAAUUUGGCCAAAGCUAAUAACAUGUUAGAUAAACGUUUGAAUGGUGACAAGUAUUUAUCAGGUGCUGAUAAGCCGGGUCUUACCGACUAUAAGAUUGCCCCUUUCGUUCAUUUGUUGCCCCUAUGUGUAGACCUGUUAGGUCACAACUCGGACGAGUAUUUUCGCGAUAAGUUACCUGUACUGUACACAUAUCGUAAGGCAAUACAGUCAGACCCCGUUGUUAAUAAAGUAGUCACACCGUACGAUGAGUUUUGCAAAAUAACCGACGAGUAUCACAUCCGCUCUAAGCUAAACGACGAUGAUCGUCAGAAAAAGAUUGAGAAUGUGAAUAGUUUAGUGCUUUUAGCCACUAAAGUGGAAGUGCAAUUGACACGAGAGCAACGUGAGUCGGACGAUGAUCGACGUGGCGCACGGCCACGGCAAGUUACUUUCUCACCUUCAGUGAAUCGUAACAAUUUCAAUGGAUAUGCUAACAACCGCCCUCAAAACCAACGGGGCUAUCUCGCAACAAGCACGCGAAAUAGGAUCUUCAUUCAGAAGUCUCAAUAUUCAGCCUAA